AUGGAUAAGAAUCGAAGAUUCGUUUUUUCUCAGGCACAAAUAGUGCAGCCUAACGUUAGGACACUUAUGUCAGAUGUACAGGUUUCAAAGGAUAUCAAACUGUCUGACGAGGCUGCUUUCGGGCUCCUGGAGAGUUUACUUGCACGCUUUCCUUUACGUGUUGUCUACAAAGUUCUUAACACGCUUUGCCAGACUCAAGUUCUCACUUUUUCUUGUGACUCUGAGUAUGUCGUUGAAGCUAUCGUCAAGAAAUCGAGCAUUAUGGGCAAACAUUUUUAUCUCGUUAAGUGGGAGGGUUGGCCUCCGACCUUUAAUACAUGGGAACCUGAAGAAAAUCUUGCUGGCUGUGAACAACUUAUAAGCGAUUUCUUAUCCCAGAAAUCUCCAUGUCCCACUGUUAAAGAACCCAUGGGAAAACAAAAGCAACUUUCAGAAGUCCUUGAUCGGCUGAAGGAAGCCGUCCCCCUCUCUCGGAUUUCGCCUACUGAACUACUUUCCUUAUUUUUGGAGCAUUUUCCUGCUGAAGAAUCGAAGCUUAGGCGGUUCUACCAGCCAGUUAAUCAUUGCGUGAGUUACGUCGAAGGUGCUCACCCAAAAGCCCGCAAACGGAAAAGACCGACGGCAGAAAGUUUGACUGCUCUCAAAGAGUCUCUGGCUGCGUUCGAAGCAAUGCUGAACAAAGUGUAUUAUAAAGAGGCUCCUCUUCGUGUCGAAAACAAUGUUGACUUAGAAUGUCCCCCAAUAGACUUCCAACCCAUAUGCGAUUAUGUACCUGAUGAGGAUGUUCAUCUGCCCACCAAAGCGGUUGUUGGCUGUGAAUGUGCGCCGCUAGAAGCAGAUGAAAACUGCGACAAGUCUCUCCGCUCAGCCAGUCUGGAGCCCUGUUGGGUUAACCGUCACAAUUCAUGCUGUGCCGUUCGGUCCGGUGCUCGUAUUCCUUACUCCAUCAACAAACGCCUCUUAGUUCCUCCGGGCCAUGCUAUCUUCGAGUGUAAUUCCGCUUGUGCCUGUGGUCCUAGCUGUCCAUUUCGCGUUGUACAAUUGGGCCGUAAAGUGCCACUCUCGAUUUUCCGAACCAAAAACGGACGUGGAUGGGGUGUGAAGACACUUCAGCGCAUCCCAAAGGGGACCUUUGUCAUGGAGUACUUGGGCGAGUGUGAUCCCAACCUAACGGUCCGGUGUGCGUUCAUCGAGUGCCUGAACAUAAAGUUGCCGCGCUUGGCCCUCUUCGCUGCUCGAAACAUAUGCAAGGGCGAGGAACUCACCUUUGAUUACCAAAUGACAGGUCAGUGUUGGCGCUUAAAGGUAGAGCCCGUUCCCGAGCGUGCUCUCAGUUAG